AUGUUGGUUCUAUCUCAAAUAGUGCUCUUUCUCUCUUGCUGCCUCACUUUGACCUCUGCUAAAAGGCUGCUUAGUGCCUCGUCUCUUGUGCCAUGUAUGGAGAACUCAUCCCUCACAGCCACGACUUUCGAGGUCAGCUUCAACCCAGAAUCACGGACUCUUUCUUACAACUUGGAUCUUAACACCACCAUCAAUGGUUAUGUCAAUGCUAAAGUUGAUGUCUACGCUUACGGGUUCAAAAUCAUUAGUGAAAAAAUCGACUUGUGUGAUUUGUCAUUCAAGCAGUUUUGCCCACUUUACAGCGGUGAAGUCAUUGUCGAUUCCGUGGAAACCAUUGAUGAAAAAUAUGUCGAUAUGAUCCCAAACAUUGCUUACACCGUCCCAGAUAUUGAUGCCUACGUCAAAAUCAUGGUGUACGACUCAAACAGCACCAGCCUUGCUUGUAUGGCCGCCUAUUUCACCAAUGGUAAAACCGUGGCCCACACCGGGGCUAAAUGGGCCACCGCGGUGGUUGCUGGUCUUGGGUUGUUUGCCUCUGCCUUCUUGUCGACUUUUGGUAACUCUAACGCUGCCUCCCAUAUUUCAGUCAAUGCCUUGUCACUUUUCACUUAUUUCCAAUCAGUGGUUCUCGUGGCUAUGGAACAUGUCGAAUCGGUGCCUCCAAUCGCCAGUGCGUGGGCUGAAAAUUUAUCUUGGUCAAUGGGGUUGAUCCGCGUCGAGUUCAUGCAAGAAAUCUUCCGUUGGUAUAUCCAAGCCACCGGUGGUACCCCAACAUUAUACUUGAAAGGUGCCGCUUCUGAAAAAGCCAUCUUUGUCCAAAAAAGAAUUGUCGAUUACCUUAGAAAAAGAGCUCCAGCUCUUGUGGUUAACUCAUCCGAUUCUUUAAGAGUUUUGCGUGGUAUUAAGCGUAUGGGUUAUGACCAAGCUAUCGAAGUCACAUCGAUUGUCGUUACCGGUUUCACUUUCUUUAUGUUGUGUGGUUAUGUUUUGUGCUUGUUGAUCUUGUUUGUUAAAUUCUUUAUUGAAUUCUUGGUCAAGGUCAAAGUCAUUAAGAACCCAAGUACCGCAAUUUAUUUCCGCACUAACUACAGAAGUAUCCUCAAGGGUGCCCUUUUGCGUUAUAUUUCCAUUGGGUUUGUGCAACUUACUGUGUUCUCACUUUGGGAAUUCACCAUUCACGAUUCUGCCGCGGUUAUUGUUUUGGCAAUUCUUUUCCUUGUUCUCGUGGUUGGUAUUCUUGGCUGGGCUACUUAUCGUACCUGGGUGUUUGGUAAGACUUCUGUCGAACACUACAAGAAUCCUGCUGCCAUUCUUUACGGGAAUCAAUUGGUUUUGGACAAAUAUGGGUUUGCCUACACUAUGUUCAAUGCCAAUAAGUAUUGGUGGGGAGCCAUUUUUAUGUCUUACUGUCUUAUCAAGGCUAUCUUCAUUGGGUUGUGUCAAUCUAGUGGAAAAACUCAAGCUUUAGUCAUUUGGCUUUUGGAUAGUGCUUAUCUUACCGGGCUUAUCAUCUACAAGCCAUACUUGGACAAAUCGACCAAUGUUUUGAAUAUUGUUAUCUCCAGUGUUACCGUGGCUAACUCUUUUAUGUUUGUGUUUUUCAGUAAUUUGUUCCAACAACCGGCUGCUGUCUCAUCAAUUAUGGGGUGGAUUUUCUUCAUUUUGAACGCUGCUUUCUCUUUGGUUUUGUUGGUGGUGGUUAUCGUGUAUAUCGCCAUGGCUUUGUUAUCUAAAGUUCCAGAUUCUAGAUUCCGUCGUGCUGGUGAUGAUAGAACUUCUUUCCAAAGAAACUCCGCCAUGUUUGCUGAUGAAAAGUCGUUACAAGAUAGCAUGAAUGGCUUGAAUAGUGACUUCAUUGGUUCUCCAAACCCUGGUGCUGAAGAAUUGCUUGAUUUGGGUAAAGUGGCCAAGAACCAUCAAAAUAACUGGGAAAAUGAAAUUUAUAAACUUAAAGAUAUGGUUAGUUCUCAAGGCGAUUUGAUUGAGGAGACCACUAAUGAAGCUUUACAGUUACGUUCGAAAUCCACCAUUGAACAACUUCGUAAUGUUAAUUCUAACCAACCAAGUUAUAAUGACAAUGAUAAAAUUGGUCUUGAAGAUGAUGAGCCAAUCCAAAUUGUCAAACCAACCUUUGGGUCAAAACUCUCGAACACUUUGUUCAAGCGUCAAAAUUCUGCUGGCGCAUCAUAUGGUAAUUCCACCGGUGGUGGUCUAAAUUCUUUGACCAGAAAAUUGAGUGCUAUCAAGAUGUCGCGUAACAACUCUCAAUUAUUGAAACGUCAAGUUUCCAUGAAUGAUCAUUCUGCUUUAGGUGCCAAUGGUGCCCCAGUUCUGGGUAAUUAUACCUCCAUCCCAAUGAAUUCUGCCCCAAACUCUCCAGACCCAUCAGCGCUUAUGAGCCCUGGUAGAAAUCCACUGUACCAUGGGCGUACAUUAAGCCAAACCCCAAUGACUUCUUCAAAUGAUGAGGAAUUCAAUUUUGACAGUACCCCAUCUGGAGGUGAUGUGAACUUGAACUACAGUGGUUAUAAUUCCAGUCAGCCGAUGACGGGAAUUGAUGUCACCAUGGGUGGCCAAAACCAUGCUCCUGCAAGAGUUUCAAAUAGUCCAGUUUUACAUGACACUUCUGGGGUCAGUGAGGCAGAUAAUAGCAGUGGCCGUUUAAUGGGCGGCAGAUAUGCUAGUAACUUGGGACAACAAUGA